CGCGCGUUUCGCGCGUCGCGCGAUCGCGGCGAGCGCCUUCGUUCGCGUCGACGACUUCGAUCGUAUUCUCUACCGCGCGUAUCUCGCGCGAUCGGGCGCGCGCGCGUCGCGCGCGCGUCGCGGCGCGCCGGAUUCGUCGACGGGAAUCGCGUCGCGAACGACGCGAACGACCGUGGAUUCGCGAGGGCGUGCGCGCGGCGCGGCGACGAGAAUGGCGUCGCGGUUCCGCGAGGGGACGAUCAAACGCGCGUGUUACGACGCACUGCGCGCGGCGGGGGAACAGGGCCUGACGGUGAAAGAGAUCACGAGAGCUGUUCGAGAGCGAUCGGGUGGGGUGAAACUCGGCGGUGCGACGCCGCAGAAUACGAUCGUCGGACAGUUGUCUAAAGAUCCGAUGUUUGUGCUGGUCAAACGCGCGACGUAUAAAGUGAUCGAUCUGGACGGGGAGUCGACGGGGCGACGGGGUGCGGAUGAGGUUGAGUUCGCGGGCGCGGCGGCUUGUCGCAAGCGUCGUCGCGAGACGGAGGACUACGUCGGGUGCGAGAGCGAAAGUGACAAGAGUUCGGGUUCGGAGCUCGUUGACGUGAACUUGGCGUACGAACCAGGGUCAAUGGUAGAAGUAGCGCGUCCGCACAAGUCCCACGGCGCGACCUGGGCGAGCGCCAAGGUUAUCGAAAACGACGGGGAGUUUAUCACGCUCGGCGUCGCGCCGGAAGGCGGCGGCGAUGGUGUCGCAGAUAACGUUCGUUUGCCCACGAGCACGCUGUCGAGUACUGUUCGCCCGACACCACCAGUUGACAAUCUAGCCGUGGACGCGUCUCGUCGCUUGAACGAGGAGGUCGACGUGCAUUACAACAACAGGUGGUGCGAAGGAUAUAUUUCUCAAAUCACCGACGCUCGCGGGAAAAUUGUCGUUUGUUUUCCGGGCGUUGGCGUGAAUAACGAUACAUCCUUGAUAGUGUUCCAAGACUCCACCGGACAAUCGUGGAUUCGCGAGACGUGGAAUAAGACACGGCCUAAGCACGCGUCGAUUAGAAGAGGUUGGACGUUGUCACCGUACGGGCGUUGGUCGCCGAGAGGCGCGCCGCAGGAAAGUGGUAUUGUCGGACCAGAUUCCGCGUACAAGCACUUGGCGGCGAUGAUGAGCGUCAGUGAAGCCGGCGAUAGCACCAAGCGCUACAAGCGCGAGGCAGUGCCGAGUAACUUUGGCGGCACGAUGACGACGAGCGAACAUCAUUCAGGGAAUACAACGAGUAAGCCGCCGAUGACCGUAGGCGGCUCCUUCGUCGGGGACUCGGGCAAGGGCAUAGUGACCUCGGACGAAACGGAUUGCCCGUUCAAGUCGAUUUCCGAGGCGUGUUAUCACCUCUUACUCACCGCCGGCCCCGAAGGUUUGCAAGUGAGCGAAAUGGUGCGCUUGAUCAAGGAUCGUUCGCUCGUAAGGCUCGCCGGAAAGACGCCGGCGAACACACUGUACAGUCGUCUGAGUCAAGACGCACGAUUCCUCAAUGUGUCUCGAGGCGCGUACGCGCUUGAAAGCGUCGUAAACGCGGCAGCGAAAAGCGCGAACAAUGCCGGUUUGCAACGUUCGCAAGUGGACGAAUCGCCAAAGAGACCGCAGCCGCGCGCGUCGGAGACCGUCCCCGCGAGAUCGUACAUGAAUCCCAUGAGCACAGAACACUCGGGAAUCAACCGCGAUGGUUUUGCUAGCGCCACGCCAUCUGUCGCUGGUUCGCUCGUGGCGUCGAAAAGCUGCAUGUCGGAGCUCUCUGACGCUAGUGAACUUCUUCUCGGUUUGCGCCGAGGCAGACGUCGAUGAGAAUGUUUCUCCGUCUUUGAAAUGUACGAAUAACGGCCGCCACCGCAGCUCCAACGCGCGCCGACACGAAUUUUGUUUCAACAUCGAGUAUAUUAAUUACAAGGCUAUACAA